AGCUUGGGGGGCUUGAGAGAGAGAGAGAGAGAGAGAGAGAGAGAGAGAGAGAGUCAUGGCGAACCAGUUUUGCGUGCUUCUGAUCAUCACUUUCGUUUACGUCAUCACUAUCUCGUCUUCUUUCAAGCUUUUACCUCGUUUCCCUCGCUACAAUAACCAGAACCGAGCCAGAAUCAAGCCGUUCCGGGGAGAUCGAAACGAGUACCGAUACGAGACCAAGUUCUUCUCUCAGCAGCUUGACCACUUCAGCUUCGCCGAUCUUCCCAAAUUCCAGCAACGAUAUCUUAUCAAUUCCGAUCACUGGCUUGGUGCCUCUUCGCUCGCGCCUAUCUUCCUCUACUGCGGCAACGAAGGUGAUAUUGAAUGGUUUGCUACAAAUUCUGGAUUCAUUUGGGACAUCGCUCCUAAGUUUGGUGCCUUGCUUGUUUUCCCGGAGCAUAGGUAUUAUGGAGAGUCGAUGCCUUAUGGAAGCAGGGAUGAAGCUUACAAGAACGCUACCACUUUAUCAUAUCUCACAACUGAGCAAGCCCUUGCUGAUUUUGCUGUUUUUGUGACUGAUUUGAAACGCAACUUGUCUGCUGAAGCAUGCCCAGUUGUGUUGUUUGGUGGAUCAUAUGGUGGAAUGUUAGCAGCAUGGAUGAGGCUUAAGUAUCCUCACAUUGCAAUAGGAGCUUUAGCUUCCUCCGCUCCAAUUCUUCAGUUUGAAGAUAUUGUUCCUCCUGAGACAUUUUAUGACAUUGCAUCAAAUGAUUUCAAGCGUGAGAGUAUUAGCUGCUUCAACACUAUUAAGAACUCAUGGGAUGCAAUAAUAGCUGAGGGUCAGAAGGAGAAUGGCCUUCAGCAGUUGACGAAAACUUUCCACUUUUGUAGGGUGUUGAACAGUACUGAUGACCUUUCCGACUGGCUGGACUCUGCUUAUAGUUAUUUGGCAAUGGUGGACUAUCCAUAUCCUGCUGACUUCAUGAUGCCUUUGCCUGGACAUCCCAUUAGAGAGGUCUGCAGAAAAAUUGACGGUGCAAAUAGUGAUGCUAGCAUCCUAGAUCGUAUAUAUGCAGGAGUAAGUGUGUACUACAAUUACACUGGGAAUGUUGACUGCUUCGAGUUGGAUGACGACCCUCAUGGUUUGGACGGAUGGAACUGGCAGGCGUGCACGGAGAUGGUAAUGCCGAUGUCUAGCAGCCAGGAAAACAGCAUGUUUCCAGCUGAUGAUUUCAAUUACUCUUCGUACAAAGAGGAAUGCUGGGAUACAUUCCGAGUCAAUCCAAGACCCAAAUGGGCCACAACAGAGUUCGGUGGACAUGACAUAGAGACCACACUGAAGUCGUUUGGAAGUAACAUCAUUUUCUCAAAUGGUCUGUUAGAUCCUUGGAGUGGUGGUAGUGUUCUCAAGAACUUAUCGGAUACCAUUGUUGCUCUUGUCACGAAAGAAGGUGCACAUCAUUUGGAUCUACGACCAUCGACACCAAAUGACCCAAAAUGGCUUGUGGACCAGCGAGAAGCGGAGAUAGGGUUGAUUGAAGGAUGGAUUGAAACUUAUCGACUUGAAAAAGAAGCAAAGGUUUCUUUGUUAAAACGUUCUUGGUAGGAGAAGAAUGUAAAGAAUCAUCGUCCAACGAAAUUCGGAAGCUGGAAACUCUCUAACCGAUCCAUCGGGUUUAAUAAAAAAGAUACAAAAGAAAGACAAAAUUAAUAGUAGUAGUUAUGAGUAGGCUGGCUAUACACACAACACAUCUGUCAAGUGAGUAAAGAAGUUCUUAAAGAAUCAUA